UUGUGUUUUGGUUCUAGUAAAAGGGGAAGUUGCAAGAAGAAAGAAAAAGGAGGAGACGUGAUCGGGGUUGUUGAAAUUAUUUGUAUGUUCAACAAUACGUAUCUGUCCGCACUGCGACCUUUAAUUUGUGUAUAGACUCGUGUGUGGUAUUCUGUGUUCGUCAACCGACUGGCACUCAGCUGAAGCCCUGACAGCAUAGUCAGACGUGCGGGACAAACACUGACCGGGGGAUCUGACUAGGCCAUGGCCAACAGGGGAGGAGCUACGAGACCCAACGGGUCUAACGCUGGUAACAAGAUCUGCCAGUUCAAGCUGGUACUUCUGGGGGAGUCGGCAGUGGGCAAGUCCAGCCUGGUGCUCCGCUUCGUCAAGGGACAGUUCCACGAGUUCCAGGAGAGCACCAUUGGAGCGGCCUUCCUGACCCAGACAGUGUGUCUAGACGACACGACGGUGAAGUUUGAGAUCUGGGACACGGCAGGACAGGAGCGCUACCACAGCCUGGCGCCCAUGUAUUACAGAGGGGCGCAGGCCGCCAUCGUGGUCUACGACAUCACAAAUGAGGAGUCAUUUGCGCGGGCCAGGAACUGGGUGAAGGAGCUGCAGAGACAAGCCAGCCCCAACAUUGUCAUCGCCCUGUCUGGCAACAAGGCUGACCUCGCCAGCAAGAGAGCCGUGGACUUCCAGGAUGCCCAGUCAUAUGCAGACGACAACAGCUUACUCUUCAUGGAGACGUCGGCCAAGACGUCUAUGAAUGUGAACGAGAUAUUCAUGGCUAUUGCAAAAAGAUUGCCCAAGAGCGAGCCUGCGGCCACAGGAGCUAACAGCGGGCGGAACAGGGGCGUCGACCUAACGGAAGCCGCCCAGCCAACUAAGGCCCCCUGCUGCAGUACUUAAAGCGAACCCCCCCCCCCCCCCCACACACACUGCAGUAACUAAUGUGAUGACCCCCGCCCGCCCAAAACUCUCUGAUCUGCAGCAAUGAAAAAGAUGCCCUUUGAAAAAAAAGAUGCCCUUUGAACCCCCUUCCCAUUCUACCCUUCUCCUCAUCUCUGCAGUAACUAAUGCAAAGCAACACCCUCAUCUAUAGUUCUCUCAACGAUGCCCUGCCCCUCCCUCUCCCCUACUGGUUCUGCUGUUACUAAUUGAGA